AUGAGCAGUGACCAAGUUCUGGAAAGGUUUAUGAAGAAUGGGCUUAUGAAUGCAGAGCUGAAGGAGUUUUUUGAGAAGGCUCUUGUGAACGAGGGCUUCAGCACCAUGGAGCUCCGGAUGCAGGAGACGCCCAUAAAGAUCAUCCUGAAGGUUGCGAAGCCACAUGAGGCGAUAGGAGAGAAGAAGUUCCGUCUGAGGCAGUUCCAGCACCUGGCAGCUCAGAGGCUUGAGGUUCCUGACGAGAGUGUCGAGAUAGUUGUUGAGAAGGUGCAUGAGAAGGGGCUUUGCGCACUUAUCCAGGCGAACUUCAUUAGGGAGAAGAUUCUAGGGGGAGUCCAGUAUAGGAGAGCCGUGAACAUGGCCCUGAAGACGGCGAGGCAUGCAAAGGCCCAGGGAUGCCAGAUCAUAGUCAGUGGAAAGCUGAAGGGGCAGCGUGCAAAGUCUGUGAAGUUCCAGGACGGAGUGUUGAUCCACAGUGGAGAUGCAGUUAAGGAUUAUAUUAAUACGGGGUAUGCCACCGUUGAGACCAAACAAGGGGUGAUUGGUAUUCAGGUUCGAAUAAUGCUACCAUACGACCCGGAGGGAGUGCUCGGCCCAAACUAUCCACUCCCUGACAGGAUCACCAUUCUCGAGCCCAGUGAGAUCCAGUAG